CCCAGCCGUACGUUAGCUUCUACGAAUAAUUUUCCUUUCAUUUCGGACUGUACCCUAGUCAGCCAGCCACUUCCAUUCCAUUCCCCUAUCUAUUUACGCAUCGAACACUACUAUGUAAGCUGGCUGCUAGCUGAGCUAGUUUUGUUGAUGAAUAAUAAUGCCAUUACAUAUUCCAAUGGCAGUAAAGCUCAACGAAGAAUCUCAGAUUGUGGUAUUAAACAGCGCCGUCAUCGUCAAAACGGAGGCCGGCAAGAGUCGAACUAAUAAUUAUCCAAUCUUAAACGGGUUGCAUGCGGGCUAUUUCCGAAUAAGCCUCUCCUUGUCCAGCCAAGCCUUACUUUGGAAAACGCUGUGCGAGCUGUCGUCAUCAGACGGAGACGACGUUAAUAACGCCGCUUCCGGGAAAGUGCUGCGCAAGUUGCUGCCUUCCACUGCUUUCGUCUUCAUCUGGUCCUUGGCGCUCUUCGUCCUCCUCCUUCUCUCCCUCAUCUACGCCGUCCGUUGCCUCCUCCGCUUCGACAUGGUUAAGGAUGAGUUCCGACACCACGUCCACGUCAACUACCUUUUCGCGCCCUGGAUCUCUUGCCUUUUCCUGCUCCAGGCCUCCCCUUUCCUCAAACCCCCCGCCGCCGCCGCCGCCCUUAACGGUAUCAUGAUCAACGGCUACCAUAUGGUGCUUUGGUGGGUGUUUGUGCUCCCCAUCGUCGCGCUCGACCUCAAGAUCUACGGCCAGUGGUUCACCAAAGGGAAGCGGUUCCUCUCCGGGAUAGCCAACCCGACGUGCCAGCUGUCGGUCAUCGGGAACCUGGUGGGCGCCGCGGCGGCCGCUCGCAUGGGGUGGAGGGAGACUGCCGUGUGCAUGUUUUCGCUGGGGAUGGGGCACUAUUUGGUGCUCUUCGUGACGCUGUAUCAGCGGUUGCCGGGAAGCAGCCCCAUCCCGGUGAUGCUCCGGCCGGUGUUCUUUCUCUUCAUCGCGGCGCCGAGCAUGGCGAGCAUAGCAUGGCACUCCAUCUGUGGGAGCUUCGACGUUUCGUCAAAGAUGCUAUUCUACCUGUCGCUCUUCCUCUUCUUUUGCCUGUUCCUGCUGCAACAAUUCACUGGGUGCGAUGAAGGUCGUUUGCGAGUUGCGAUGCACGGAUGAACGGCUCCCCAGGUAAGUUUCUUCCGAUCUUUUUCUUGUACUCAUCUCUUAAUUUCUUCUCAAGCUCCCUUGUUUUCUUCUUCUACAAGUCUUCUAUUUUCUUCUUCUUUUGGAUUUCCAAGUUUUUAUAAUCAUGAGUAAUUUAUUUUUAAAAGAUUCAUAUUAUUGUUCUAAUCACUUCAAUCUGAAAAAUGACAUAGUUGAUCUUUAAUUGAACACUGAUUUGUAAUAAUGUCACUUUCAUGACAUUACAUUUGCUAAGGUGACAAUUUCAAAGAAGAAAAUGACAUUUCCAGAGUAAUAAUGUCACUUUCAUGACAUUUUCAAAACAAAAGUGACAUUUUCAGAUUGUCAUCCUAGUAAAUAAACUGUCACAAACGUGACAUUUUUUCCAAAUAACCAAUAUUUUGACAUUCUCGGAUUAUAAAAGUGACAUUUUACUGAAUAAAUAAAUUCAAAUUCAAAAAGUCCAAAUUAAUAAAUAAAAUUCAAAUCCAAAAAAAUUAAAGAAGAGAACAGAGGACCAAAAAUUUGAAGAGGAUUAGAAGAAAAGAAGAAGAAGAAGAAGAAGAAGAAGAAGAAGAAGAAGAAGAGGUGGAAGAAGAAGAAAGGAGGGGGAGGAGGAUACCUAUGGUCGAUGGCGGAGCUACGGUGCGACGCCAUAGCGGAUGGCGGAGAUGCAGUCCACAGGAGGAAAAGAUGUGCACAGCUGCUAAAUUCCAGUCGAUGGCGAAGAAAAUAGAAGACCUGUAGAAGAAGAAAAUAGAAGACCUGCGAGAAUGCAGCGACAAGUGCAGAGAGCUAUUUGGGGAAAAUGUGAUUUAGGGAUUAGGGGCAAAAAGAUAUGUCGACCAGGACUGUUCAAGAAGUCAAUGAGAAAAUACAACGUGGUAUGGUGGGCAUAUUCAUUUCCUGCAACGGUGAUGGCGAUUGCGUCAACAAAGUACGCCCAGGAGGUGAAGAGCACAGAAGCGCACAUCCUAAUGCUCAUUCUGUCUGCACUCUCGGUCACGGUGUCGCUUAUUCUCUUGUUUUGCACUGCGCUCAAUGCCAAUUUGCUUCUUCUCCGAUCUCCCUAAUGCAUCAAUGACCACCCCGCUAUCGCCUUUUCUUAAUUACGGACUAAUAAUAUACUAUGGAUGUACGUACGUACAUAUCUAUCUACAAAAAUCAUAAAUCAUAAGUGAUGAAUAUUAACCUGUGAUAAUACCCUACUUUGAUCUAUACGUACUAACGUACGUAGUAUCUUAUGUACUCUAUUUUUUUAAAAUAAGAGCUAGUGUUGUUAGGCUGCAAAUAUGUUUAAGUAAAUAACUGAUACAAGUAUUUAUCAAAUGGAGUAAAUUAAAGUGGAUUACAUGUCAGCAAACUAGAGACCAAGUCCACCAUUCUACACGCGCAGAUGGCUAAGGAUAGAAUUGAUGUGGUGGUGUUAUUCAAGAGCAAAAUUGACAAAGGAAUAGGAACAACUCUGCCCACUAGUUAUUAUAUACUCUCUGAAGUUCCUAAUUUUACUUUACAAGUAUACUCUUACUUUAUGUCAAAUCAAACAAAAAGUGGGUAAAAAGUAAGGCUAGUUGUGAUUUUUUGGUUAAAAAUGGUUUCCUUUUAUAGAAAUGAGAACUUCUUUUUGGAACAUCCAUAAAAGGAAAGUGAGAACUUCUUUGCGGGACGGAGGUAGUAUAAUUUAUAAACGGUGAUAACUCCGAUACUCAUUUAAAAAUGAGGAACCAUACCUACCACUCACUUGAUUGCUUCAAAUCAUUACAUCAUUUUUAAUUUAGAUUUAAAUAAUUCAACUACAUCAUUCUGAUUGGUCCAUGUGGACAAAGAUAUG